AUGGCCACCUCGGGCGGAGCAAAGGCGACACUCAGCGAGCUAGUGAAGGGCUUCAACGGACUCGGUAUGCGCAACCACCGCGGCCGCGUCAGCAAGGAGAGCAAGGAGCAGAAGGAGCGCAUGAACAGCAUGGCCGCCGCCGCAGCCGCCGCAGCCGCCGCCGCGCAGACUUCCCCGACCAGCCCGCCGCCGGUGACGUCGCCGACGCCGGUCGUCACGUCGCCGAGCAUCACGAAAACGUCGCCGAUCGGCGCCGUCGCCAUCGGCGCCUUCUCCUACAACUGCGGCGACGAGGAGCGCCGCAACAUCUGGCUCAACGGCGAGUUUCUCGUGCGCUUCUUCGAGUACUUUGGCGCCUACGAGCGUUGCCUGCUCGCGCAGGUGUGCGCCAAGUGGCGCGACAUCAUCUACCAGCCGCGCUUCUGGACGGGUGUCACCGCCGUCAUACACUGCAAGGAGUGGAGGCAGCAGUCGGCCGACGCGCGCCUCAAGCACUACUACAGCCUGCAGCGACGCGGCUUCGACAGUAUCUGCUUCUUCGCCGCCACCGACGACGACAUGGAUCAUUUCGUCGAGAACUUCAACUCGGCGAAGAAGAGCGUGCGCUGCCUGAGCAUGCGCUGCUCGAACGCCAGCGACCGCGGCCUGGAGCGCAUCCUGCACCACCUGCCCAACGUCAACCGACUCGAGCUGUCCGGCUGCAACGAGAUCACCGAGGCGGGCCUCUGGUCGUGCCUCAGCUCGAACAUCGAAGCGCUGGCGAUCGCCGACUGCAUCAACGUCGCCGACGACAGCGUCGGCGCCAUCGCGCAGCUGCUGCCGUCGCUGCGCGAGUUCAACCUGCAGGCGUACCACGUCACCGACUCGGCGCUGUCCUACUUCAGCGCCAAGCAGAGCUACAGCCUCAGCGUGCUCCGGCUCACCUCCUGCUGGGAGGUGACCAACCACGGCGUCGUCAACAUCGUGCACGCACUGCCCAACCUCACCGAGCUGAGCUUGUCCGGCUGCAGCAAGGUGACGGACGACGGUGUCGAGCUGAUAGCCGAGAACUUGCGCAAGCUGAAGUCGCUCGACCUAUCGUGGUGUCCGCGCAUCACCGACGCCGCGCUCGAGUACAUUGCCUGCGACCUCGGCGAGCUAGAGACGCUCGUGCUGGACAGAUGCAUGCACGUGACCGACAUCGGCGUCGGCUACCUGUCGACGAUGACCUCUUUGACCUCGCUCUUCCUGCGAUGGUGCUGCCAGCUGCGAGACUUCGGUUUGCAGCAUCUGUAUAGCAUGAGGAACUUGCAGGUGCUCUCGCUCGCAGUAUGA